AUGAGACUCCUACCUGGCUACAGGAACAGUAUCGCCAUCUCCACAAUAGCUUGCUCUCAUCUGAAGAUGCCUCCUCGCACUAACUCUUCCGGCUCAGCUGAACAUGAAUCCAGGCAAGACAACUAUGACGGAUAUGCUGGCCAAAUCUCUUCUAGGGAACUUUAUUUCCAUCGUGAUGAUUCACAGCCACCCAUUCUCAAGAGGCUUUAUACAUAUUUCUUCUGGAAACAGCAACGACAAACCCACCUACGACCCCAACUUCCUCUCCCACCAGCUGGAUCUGGAAUUAUGGCAGGACAGCUGCAUGACCUGGACCACGCGAAGGAGGUCGUGAAGCAGCAGCUAUAUACAUGCUUCCAUCCCUCGGGAACUUGCUCCAUGAUGUUGAAGGAGAGUGAACGAGUGGUUUUCACACUCCGGGUUUACGGAACCAAGAAUUUGAGAGUUAUCGAUGCGAGUGUUUUCCCUCUUGAGCCAAGUGGAAUUAUCCAGGCCACUGUGUAA